AUGCUAGAGGCAGACAUCCGUCAAUACGUAAGGCUCGACUCACUUGCACCUGCUCAGAGUUUGCAAGAAUCAGGACAGAGAGAGACAGGAAAGAAACCCGAGAAAGUCAAGAUUUCUUCCCUCCAACAAACACUCAACAAGACAUCAUCAUCGCUCAUCUCAACACUACAAACCAUCAACAUCAUUCAGCAGCAUUCAGCACUCAUCUCGAAUAUGAAUAAAAGAAAAGGGGUGUUCGGUCAGUAUACUACUUGGCCAGACGACGACGACGACGGCGGCGGCGAUGGCGAUGACGAAGCCAAGAAGCCUGUCAAACGUCCACGGGGAAAUGAAAACACGGAAAACCCGACAGACCCCGUCCCCGAUGUCCCAGAUGAACAGCCCUCCGAGGAUUUAAAUGAUGAGGAACAGCCAGAGGUAGAGAUUCCGGAGAGAGAAGACACUAUAACUGACCCGGGAGACCCCGGUACGGAUGAAACAAUCGAGGAGGAGACUGUCGGGAAUGCACCUGACGCGCCAGAGGCAGAGGGUUCAGAGGGAGAAGACACUAUAACUGACCCGGGAGACCCCAAUACGAAUGCAACAACCGAGGAGCAGCCUAUCGAGAAUGCACCUGGUCCUAGCUCAUCGCAGGCAGGGUCAGGGGCCCAGAACACUGGAAGUGAGUGCGCCAAAGGUAAUCAGAGACGAUUCGUACCUUCAACACCGAAUUAA